AUGGAAGACGAAACGAACGUUCAAAUAGAACAAAGAUCAACACUGACGACAGAAAAAACUUUACGCAUUAUAACUUAUGUCUCUUGGUUUUUGGGAGUUGGUGUAGCCCGUCCGAAAAUAUUACCAAAGUUCGUAACAAUAAUCGUUCGCGUUCUCAACUUUGGAGUUUGCACAGUGAUCGUCGCUUAUGGAGCCAUUGACUUUUUUACAUUUGGUACUAUUUUCAAAAGUGAUAUUUAUAAGAUCAUGUAUUAUAUGAACAAAGUCGUCUGUUACGUUUCAUCAUAUUAUUACGUUUUUCACGGUAUCAAACAUUACGACAAGUGGCCUUUACUGAUGGACAAGAUAGAACAAUUAAAUAAAAAGAUCACACGAGAGGUGUCGAUAAAUGAACGAUCGAUUAAGACCAUUCAAAUUCUGGCCGUCAUAUUGACAUUUAUUUUAGGACCAGUGUCACUAUUGAUGCAUGCUCUCUAUUAUUAUUUUACUGCACCAGAAGAAAUAUUCGCUUCGGAUCUUCUUUUAUAUUAUACAAUAGCUCAAUCCGCAAUCAACAGUUUCGUUUUUGAUACGGUAGUCUACGUGAUUUGUAAUAGAUUCAGAAAGAUCAAUAAAAUGAUCGAGCGACUAGACAACAAAUUGGUUGCAUCUUUAAUCGCAUUCAAAAUUCGACGUAUAAGGGAAUUACACAGUGGUGUUUGCGAGUUGGUGGUUCUUGUUAAUGAUAUACAUGGUGUCCAACUUCUUCUUUGUUCAGCCAAUUCGUUCACGAUGGUCGUUGCUACGCUCUUCCGAAUUUACAUGGGUGUUGUUGAGCAUAAUUAUGCGUUCAUGCUGAUCAACAACAUCAUUUGGAUAAUUUACGCAGGACAGUUUGGGCUUAUGUGCUGGGUCUGCACACUGACCAAUCAAGAAUUCAAGAAGACUGGUAUAUUGAUACAUUCUGUUAUUCCUAAUCAUGAAAAGACAAAUCGUGAUAAACCGUUAUCCGUUCUGGCUAUUUACAACGAGCACGAUUAUUCCUUACAAUUGAACCAACAAUAUCAACAACACCAAGAAGAUCGCCGACGAAUUUCGCUCGACAUUAGUAGAUUUGGUUUGAACUACUUCAGCAUGGAAAAUAUAUUACGGGCAAAUAUCGAGCGUGAUUGUGUCAGAAACGAGAUUAACGAUUUCUCGAAUCAACUUCAACAACAACCGAUUUCCUUUACCGCCUGUGAUUUUUUUGAAAUGAACAACGCUCUUUUGACUGGUUUCGUAGGUGUUAUUACAACUUACUUAAUUAUCCUCGUUCAAUUCUACCGACCUGAAAACGUCUAA